UCCACAGUCACCAUGGAAGAGGAAAGAGAUACCACCAACUGCAGGAGGUCAUGGGAUACCUGCCGAGAGGUUCCCAUGAUCCAAGAUGAACACACUCCCUGGAAAAUGAUCAAACUGUUGAGGUUCAUCGCCCUCAUUGUAGUCGCUCUGAUCGUGUUCGGAUUAGCACUAUGCAGCAAGUCGUCAUUCCUCCUCCUCAUCACUUUGUCCAAUGAAGGCACACAGACUCUCCCAGAUGACCAGAAACCUGUCGCUCUCUUGUGUAUUGGCUGCGUUCUUAUUGCAUCAAGCCUCCUUCUGUUUCUCAAAAGUGUUUGGAAGGCAUGCUACAAGACAUCAAAGUUUCCCAAAAAAACUACCGUUGCUCUGGUUCUGUUCUUUGAGUUCGUAGCGUCUACGAGUGCGGCGAUCCUCACCAUCGUCGCCAUGCCACAUCUGGACAUCGUUACCAAUGUCACAAUACUGAACGGCAUCGCGAUCCUCUCUGCGCUCCUUCAAAUCAUCGCUCAGUGCAUGGCCAAAGAAAGAAACCGCUUCCUGCUGCCCUCCAUCACCGCUUUCAUCCUCAUUUUGCUUGGCUACACCCUCUUCCUGACCUUGUACAUCAUGAAGAACCCCAGUGACACGAAGAUGGCGCUCUGGGUGGGCCUGGCUGUGGGUGGGUCUUUGCUGGUGUCUUUUAACUGGUGGGAGAACUACAUCAGGGUGAUCAGCGAGCACAGCAAGUCCAUCUUCAUCCAAGUCUUCUACAAAGACAUGAGAAGGUGUGAGAACAUGCUCAACAUCUUCUCCAGCCUGCUCCGGAUCAUAGUGACGGCCUGCGUGCUCGGAGCCUACGUCCCAUUGGCCAAGAUGGACUGGGACGUGGUGACCUCCAUCCCCCGCCGUCAAACAAGGAUCAUCUCCAUCAUCAUCGGGGUCCAGCUGGUCUCCUCAGCGCUCUGCCACUGGUUCUCCCUGUCGGCCUGUAAGAUGCAUGCCCUGCGACGGUGCUUCAUCCUGCCUUUGUACCUGGCCUCUCUGUCCGUCAUGGUUCUGUUCAUUGUCCCGGUCAUCGUUUACUACCAGGACUACAGAAUCAGUCUGAACGGCACCAGCACUAACUUCACAAACUACUGCAGCGUAGUCGUGGACGGAAGAAACACAAACCUGAAUGGCACCGUGUUCCCAGAUCUUGUCUAUGAUGUCACACACACUCUGUGCUUCCUGGACAUGUCGAGGAUUUUUGACAUCGGAAUGCUAACGGGUUCAGCAGUGUCCUGGUGGCUUGGACUGGUUCUGGCCACUCUUCACCUCUGGUACCUCACUGUUUAUCGCAUCGAAAGGACCCAGGACCUGUUCAUCAGAAGGCUGUAUGAGGGCGCCUUCAUUGAACAGUCUCUGCUCCUCAACACCCGCUUUGACAUUCAGAAAAGAAAAAAGAAGAGGAUUCACAAGGCUUCUGAACCCGCGAUGAUCUAUUUGUGUGCAACCAUGUGGCACGAGACCUACGAUGAGAUGAUGAAUAUCAUCAUCUCCAUCUUCAGAUUGGACAAAUACAGACCAAAGAAGGAUGCAAAGGUUAAAGAUUUCACCUUCGACACCCAUAUCUACUUUGAUGAUGCAUUUGAGAAUGUGGAGGGUCAGGGCCGUCACCUCAACGAAUAUGCAAAGACCCUUGUGAAUGUCCUCGCUGAGGUUUAUAGCAUCUUCACAGACAUUGAUGGCAAGUUCUUCAGAAAGCUGGAAAAGAUCCCAGAUCAGAAGGUCAUACGAACCCCAUACGGAGGCCGUCUUGUGAUCACAAUGCCUCAUGGGAAUCAAAUCACAGUUCACUUUAAAGACAAAGAACUCAUCCGGCACAAGAAGAGGUGGUCUCAGGUGAUGUAUCUUUAUUAUCUUCUGGGAUGGAAACUCAUGACUAAAUAUUACCGCCGCUGGGAUAAAGGCGAGAAUGAGGAGGACCUCAAAGAACAGAUCCAGAAAGAGAAACACAACACCUACCUCCUGGCUUUAGACGGAGACACAGACUUCCAACCAGCUGCUGUGAUGCUGCUGGUCGAUCGACUGAAAAUGUACCCACGUGUCGGCGCAGCAUGUGGCAGGAUUCACCCAACUGGUUCAGGUCCAGCUGUGUGGUUCCAGAAGUUUGAGUACGCCAUCAGUCACUGGUUGCAGAAGACAGCCGAGCAUAUGAUUGGCUGUGUUCUAUGCAGUCCAGGUUGCUUCAGUCUGUUCAGAGCAGAGGCGCUAAUGGAUGACAAUGUGAUGAAGAGGUACUCCACCAAGUCCUCAGAAGCCAGUCACUACGUCCAGUACGACCAAGGUGAGGACCGUUGGCUGUGCACUCUUCUUCUGAAGCAGGGAUGGAGGGUGGAGUACAACGCAGCUUCUGAUGCCUACACCAAUGCACCUGAAGAGUUUAAAGAACUCUACAACCAACGCCGUCGAUGGGGACCGUCCACAAUGGCCAAUGUAGCGGACCUUCUGGGUGCCACCACUGCGAUCUGCAAGAGGAACUCGUCCAUGUCUAAACCCUUCAUGUUCUACCAACUCUUCAACAUGAUCUCAGCCAUCCUGGCACCUGCUACAAUUUGCCUUUUGAUCGCAGGAAGUUUGACCUUCGUCUUAAAAAUAAACGCCAGUCUUGCCCUGGUCCUGGCUGUGGUACCUCCUGCUAUCUACCUGGGGCUUUGCUUCAAACUAAAGCCAGACACUCAGAUCACUAUUGCAGCAAUCCUCAGUAUCAUAUACGCAUUCCUCAUGUUGGUGGUCACCAUGGCCAUUGUUGGUUCGAUGGUGGCAGACCAAACCAUCCUGACACCCAGCGGUAUUUUCAUCGUUGCCAUGACGAUCAUUUACAUUUUCACUGCAGUAAUGCAUCCACAGGAGGCAGUGCUGGUGUUCUAUGGGUUUCUCUACAUCAUUUGCAUCCCCAGUGCCUACCUCCUGCUCACCAUUUACUCCAUGACCAACCUAAACAAUGUCUCCUGGGGCACCAGGGAGACCAAGCCUGACCCCAAGACUGUCCAGGCUGUGGCCGCCGCCCCACAGAUGACAACGCAGAAAGCUAAAAACACUUGCCAGCGUUUCUUCUCAUGGGUCAAAUGUUGCAAAAAGUUUGAACGGAAAUCCAGCAGAGAACAGCUCAGUCAGAACUUGAGCCCAGAACCAGAACCAUUUGAGCCCGGACCUCAGAACACCAUUGUAGAGGACAUAGACAUCAGAGAGGAGCAGAGACAAGAGCCUGCUGAAGUCUAUUCUCCUCCAAACUGGGUCGAAGAUCUGCAGAGUACGUCUAUAGAAAUGCAGCUGCAGGAGGAUUCCCUCGAAGAGGAUGAAGAAGUUUUCUGGACUGAGCUGCAGAAAAAGUACCUCGAACCACUGGUCAACGACAAAGACAAACAAAAAAAGAUGAGCGAAGAGCUUAAAAAUCUGAGAAAUAAGAUAAACUUCGCCUUCUUCAUGGUGAACGCUCUGUGGCUGGUGGCGACCUUUACCCUCCAGACGUUUGAAGACACCUUUUCCAUCAAGAUCCCUAAAGUCAACCUACAGCUGGAGGUCACUGGAGACAUCACAAUCGACCCCAUUGGAUUCAUGUUCAUUCUGGGAUUUGCUUUGUCCGUUGCGAUCCAGUUCUUCACCAUGCUCAUCCACAGAAUGUCCACUCUGAUCCAUUACGUUGCCUUUUUGGGCACUGAGCCCCUUGAGAAGAAGCCAGAAAAAGACACGUAUCGAAAAGGAAAAAAGGCCAGUGCCAGCUACAGCUCCAGCUCCGGUUCCAGCGCCGACUCAAAUUCUGACACCAUUUCCGUCUUGACCUCCGCGUCCGGCUCCACCUCCACCUCUCUGGAGGACAACUUCCCAGAGGACUCGGAAUUCGAAGAGAGCGACGAUGAGUUCUUCCCUGAGUUGUUCAGACAUGUGGACGGAGGGACGAUGGUGUGAGCACACUCCAGAACCUAGCAUUUUUUUAAUAUCCAGUGUAGGUGACAUUUACCAGAUACAUCUUUAUUAUUUAUAUUAUGUUUACAUCCAUUCAAGUGCACUUUUAAUGUACAAGAACAACUCGGUUUAGUUGAAGUUUAUAUGUAUUAUGUGCAAAUGAAACUAAAUGAAGUCAGUACAGUGUAUUUAUUAUGAAGGAUGGGAUGGUAUCUUGCAUUGUAUUAGUAUUUAACAAUGAAGUAUUUGUUUUCUUUGCUGCUUCUCUGUUUUAAUGAAAUGCACUGCCAUGUAUUAAUGCUUGAACCCCUUCCAUUAUUCAGUGUUUCUUUAAAUAUGAUUGUAUUAACGCUCAUUUUUCCCAUCAUCUGUUGAGAUUUGAUCUUCAGAGGGUAGAUUUCUAUGAAUAUCCAGGCUAUAAUCGUGACAUUCGCCUAAAGAAAUUUGCCCCAUAAACACUAUUUCAACGGAAGAAAAGCCUAAAAGAAGAUAAAAAUGUUGCAAAUCUCAGAGUAGUUGAUUCACUCAGGCUUCAACUCAGUGUUUUGUGUAACUUGGAGGUCAUGUAUAGUAGAAACAUGUCAGAUUCACAGUGAAUUAUGAUCACAGAUGACCUCCCCAGUUAUUAGAUAGAUAGAUAGAUAGAUAGAUAGAUAGAUAGAUAGAUAGAUAGAUAGAUAGAUAGAUAGAUAGAUAGAUAGAUAGAUAGAUAGAUAGAUAGAUAGAUAGAUAGAUAGAUAGAUAGAUAGAUAGAUAGAUAGAUAGAUAGAUAGAUAGAUAGAUAGAUAGAUAGAUAGAUAGAUAGAUUUUAUUGAUCCCAAACUGGGAAAUUAUAGCGCAACAGCUGCAUGGCACAGUAAAAAUAGAACAUAAGAAUAAAAACAUAGAGCACAAACACAUUAUACAAAACAAAUUAGAAGUAUAAAAACAGAAAAAUGGUAAAAAAAUAAAAUAAAAUAAAAUACAGAUUAGCAGAGGUCAGAGGGUAACACAGUUGGAGGAUUUUAUCUCCAAAACUCUUUGGUUGUAAUUGUCACUUGCUGUUUGUGAAUGUAAUGUUCACAUGUUCUAUAUUGUUUGCUGUUUUAUGAUGAUGAUCUGCAGCCAAAACCAAACUAAUGAUGAACAUAAAGAGGAUUAGAAGUAAAUGUUGACCUUUUAAGUAUUAGUUUAUAGCUAUUUUUCAAAACUUUGUGAAAAUUUAUCUGUAUUUUAUUAAUAAAAGCCUCUAUGUUCA